ACCUUAUUUACUCUUAUUCUCUCCUAAAACACCGUCUAAGGUCCAAAACCUCCUCAAAAAAGCGUAAAAUUUAAGUUAAGUUAUUCUAAACAGUGUGUUUUGAUCAUUUCAAUCAAGAAAAUGUAGUGAAUUCGUGAAAAACUGGAUUUUCAUCGAAAGUGGUGUUAAUUCGUUAUUACGCUGCGGCAAUGAGACACGAAAAUGUCUGAGCGGACGGAGCGAAGCAAGAUGAGCAAAGCUCUGGGCGCGCUCAGUGGAGGGGAGGCGUGUGGGGCGCGAUGGACCCUCGGGGCACUUCUCCUGGCCCCACUGGCUGCUGCCAACUCCAGCUACUGUGCUGUGCCCGCUGUCAUGUUACUGGCUAUUUUUAUAACUAUUGCCACAUUCACAUGUAAAGACCUCAAGAAACUGGCCGAGAUACUACCACCACCUAAAACAUCUAGAGGCCGUCGGGAGCGCAACGUCCGUUCUUUCGCAGACUUCAUGGCGAUGUGGAUGACUUUCCUGUCACACCUGGUGGCUGUGGCUAUAUGUGCGCGUAUUCUGAGCGCUACGGCAGACCAUGUGACUGGCGGACGCACGAGACGGUGGCUGUUUGGAUAUGAGACGCGAGCUCUGGGGGAGCCCUGGCCUGAUGUCCUCGGAGUCACUGUCGUAAUGGUCGUCUGUGCAAUGUUCAUGUGCGGGUUGGAGGAAAGCAUGAUGUUCACCUUUAUGCUGUUAAUUCUGCUGUACAUAUUUAGCCAGUUCUUCGCCAUAUUCGGUCUAAUUAAUUUCGAUAUUGCCAAUAUCAACAUGCCAAUACCGAUCACUGUAUAUGAGCUAUUUGCAGCAGGUGCACCAAUAUCUUAUGCGUUCAAUGUAAUACUUCCCAAAGACAAUGGAACACUCAAGAAAAAUCUUUUCCUCAUGAUCGGACUACCCACAAUAGUACUUUCAGGAUUAUGUUUCCUCUACACUAAUAUGCUAAAAGGGAACAGUAUCGAUGCAGCCUUGCCAGUGACUACUCUACUAGAAGCAAGGGCUGCGGGCUGGGUCUGCCCAGUAUUGGCCGCCGUGACCGUGGCCGGCAUUUGCCUAGCCUUGACUGAACUGUGCCCCUUACUUUUCACUGUCCUAGUGGCACUCGCUUCGCCCGAGUGGAAGGUGCUAACUAGGUCAAUGACGUAUGAGAGCACUACCACUGGCAGUCCAGUCCUUGCAGUUUUUACCGCUGGAAGUUUGGCAGCGAUACUUGCGUUUGCGUGUCCCCUGUCACAUAUGAUCACUCUGAUGAAUGCGAGCCACCUGCUCGGGAUAUCGAUACAGGCGUUGCAUUUUAUUAUCAUGCGCACCGUGCCUACAGCCGAACAGAAGGAAGCUGGUGAUAUUGAAUACAAGCGCUUAGGAAGGGAAGCCGCGCGAGGAUCUAAACCAUCUGGAAGUAAGACAAAACGUGGCCUCUGGUUCAUUCCCUCAGCUAUUCGACACACUAAGACUUUGGAGAGUAUCAAGUCAAAAGUUACCAAAGAAACCGAGGAAAGAGAGUGCCUUCUCCUAGAUGAGUAUGCAGGUUGUCCAACGGAAGAGAAUGAUCCGACUAGUAGCUGUAGCGGCGUGCCAAUAGCCACGGCCGAAGUGGAUGUCAUAUCUGACGCUGAAGCCAGUGAGCAGGAGAUGUCUUCCGGCGACGACUCUACGGACAUCGAUGCUGUCGUCAAAGAAUAUCGGGAUAGAAUACAAGUGGUGACUUCGGUGCCUGAAUCUACCGCACCGUCUCCACCAUGCGUGCGAGGCUCCCGGUGGUCAGCAGCAGGCGCCGUCGUCCAACUCAUCGCUGAUUCUCUCAUAGCAGCCGCCUUUUGUAACGAAGCCAUCAGGAUACCCAUGUUCGCUACGGGGAUACCACUAUGGCUGACUGGCACCUUCAUCUGCGCGUGGCAGCCCGCUCACAACCUGGGCAUGAGGAAGGCGCAAAGUAUUCAGGGACCUAUAACGAUGCUUACUGCGCUGCUAUUCCUGACUCCGUUGCUACUUGAUUCGUGGCCGGCUAUAACACUUUUCGCAGGCGCUGGUGUAGUGAUAUACGCUCGGUGUGAGCGUUGGUGCGGAGACCUGGCGGUGCAGCAAGCUCGCAGCCACAUGGAGAGACGCAAGCUCAGGCCCGUGUCGGCGACGGUCCCGCUCAGCGGCGCCCGCCUCACUCACAUAGACACCGUGUAUAUAGCCAGAUGACAUGAAGAUGACUCGGACACGAGUCUGGAUAAUUUAUUAGACGCGGAGGAAGAGGAUCCUGACGGUGAAUGACAGCAAGCUGAAGCAAUCAUUAUCAUCGCUCCUUAAUCAUCUCAUUGUGAUGUAAUCGGAACAAGCACAGGCUGACUAAAGGCCGUACCCAAUAAUGUAUCUGUCUGUUGUUUUACUUACUACAGAUAAGAAUUUGACAUUACUUGUAUGGAGCCAAUGUCAAAAUUGUAUCUAUAGUAGGCAGACAACAGAUACAUUAUUGGGAACAGCCGUUAUGACCUUCAAAAUGCAGGUCGAUUGAUUGCAAUCAUCACAAAUUCGUACAUUAUAUAGCGUGCCAUGGAGGUUUAGCCACAAUUAGGCCGGUGAUAAAAUGCUGUUAUAGUCUUGACUAAAUAGCUAGCUAAUUAGUAGAAAAGAAUGAUAAAAUUAACUUUUUAACGUUUUGCUAGGUCCUGAUUUUAGAAAUUCGCUCUUAAGUGACUUACAGUCAAAUAAAAAAAAUACUAAGUAUGAGUCAUCUCUCCAAAAAUGGAAUACUUAGGUGAAAGAUUUAACUCAUAGUGUAAGACCUGAUUAGGAAGCAUAAAACCUUAGGUAUAAAAUAUGAUAUCUAUUAAUUAUUCAUGAUAGCUAUUACGCCGUUUUAAAAUCUUAAUAUAACAAAGGCUGCCUUUCAAUUAAUUGUGUGUAGAUAGAACUGCCUGCUUAUAGCUUGGUGCAAACAUGAUUAUCAAAAUUGAAUCAUGAUAAAUGUUAUGUAAAUUUCGUAGAUACAUGAUUGUUAAAUAAAUAAUCAUCCGUCCAUUCCGCCAUUGCCUGAUGCAAUUAAUAACGUGUAAGUUAUUAUAAGAAAAAAAAACCUUGUAUUUUUUCACUACUAUUCAUAUAAAUGUAAGUUCAAAUAAAUUGUAAAUAAAUCGAACAGAUUUUGAAACAAACUUUAAGUCGCAUGCAUAUUAGCAUUUCAAAUAAAUAGUUACGAUUACGCCUUUAAAUCUUUUGAACUAAAGUACAGUUUGCUUGCAGUAAUGAAAUAGCGUUGUUACUGUAUGUAAAUCGGCCUAUACGAUGUUAUAGAAAUAGUGAUUUAUCGUGAUUAAACAAUAAAAAUGCUGAUUCGAUUUGCAUAA